UCAGCCUCCCUCACAAACACGCGCUGCACGAGUUGGAGGUCGGACUGUUGUGUUUCCACUUUGCGCACGAGACAAAUAAGCUCCGAAGAGUUUCAGGAGUUCGUGUGUAAUCUGUUCUGGAGGAACAACGCCACUCAUCUGGAUGCUGUGAAACCAUCAUCUCGUCUUUUUGCCUUUUUUUCUCAACUCCACUCGAGAGUUCAGCUGCGAGGAAAGGAAAAUGAUGAUCACAGAAGGAAGCUCGAAUAGUUGGCGCAUCAAGGAACUGAUGGUUGGAUCAGCGCUGCGGAUCGUCUGAAUGUGUGUAGAACGCUGCAGACACGUAAAGCCGCGAGUUUUUAUCCGGUGGGACCAGAGGAGAGGAGAGGGGGAUGUCAGGCAGAGGCGGAGGUGGAAGAGCAACCCGGGGGUGCAGCACCCCCAGCCUCCCCAAGCCCCUCAGGGCCACCAUUCCCUAUCAGCUCCAGAAGAGCUCUGCUCUGCUCUGCAGGGAGCUCAAAACGGCAGCUCGCCCUCCAAAACCCACCAUCCGCCGGACGCUUUCUUUGGACACGAUCAUCGGACCCUAUCUGCAGGGGCACUGGCCCAAAGAGGCAGAGAGCGCAGCUGCUACCUGCGUCAAUGACAAAGCUACUCAGACUCCAAUUUCCUGGGCAGAGGACACUCGUAGAAGGAGAAGUGCUGGUGGCCACAAGCGCUCUGCAUCUUGGGGCAGCGCAGAGCACCUAAAGGAGGUGGCCAAGCUGAGGCACCAGCUGCAAAAGCGUUCCCGAAAUGCACCGCCCUCCGCUGGAUAUGAGCUCCAACACCACCCCCUGCCAGCAGGACAUGCAGCAGGAACCACCCAGACGAUGUCCAUGACGCCUCUGAACAGACUCGCCCCGCGGCUCAGGAGGAGUAUUGAGGGCCUCAGCUUGGAGUUGGAGGAAGUGUUUGUGUCAGAGAACGCAGACGAUCAGCAUGAGAUUUUGGAUAUCCCAGAUGGCCACAGAGCUCCGGUCCCCAUUCCGAGAUGCAGCAGUGGUUCUCAAAGCGAGCCCUCACCUGGACCGUUGGAUCCUUCCCUCCUCUCUCCCUCCCAGUCUCCGUAUCCUCUUGAGUCAUCAAUUGUGUCACCUUCAGGUUCCCCUCGUCCUCUGAGUUCAUCCCUUUUGUCUCCCCCUCACUCACCCUCUUCCAUGGGAGUCUCAGACCCUGUGGACUGUGAAACCUCUUGCCCUUCUCCGUCUACAUCACUUCCUUCGUUUGCUCUGGAACUUCCUGUGCUGCAGCCCUGCUCUUCCUCCCCUCGUCCCAACAAAACCUUCUCCUUCCAGCGUCAGCCACCAGAAGGCUGUGAGCGAGUUCGAGUGUGCGAGGAAGCAACGCAUGUGGUUAGGUCUGCUUGCCAAGAUGAACCUCUCCUCCAGCCAUCCUGCCCAGACCCCAAUAAAGUGAACUUUACCCCCCAUGGAGGCUCUGCUUUCUGCCCCGUCAGCCUCCUGAAACCACUGCUGCCCUCCAUGGACCUCCUCUUCCGUGGCCUGUCAGUGUCUCCGGUCACUGGCUGCUCUGGUCAGGCCUCUCCUACCAGGCACCUGGGCAUGCAGUAGGUGGGUCUACAAACGGCGUCUUUCAGGACUAAAUGACAUUGCACUGCCAGGACCUGAACAACAUGGGGAUGUUUUAUAUGCAGCAUGACAAUGACCAGUGUCUCAUCACUGUCCACCUGUGAUCAUAAGACUGUGUGACUGAGCAUUUGUUGGUAGCAUACUCUUGAAUAAGUGUUGCCUAAAAUGAAGCUUGUUUGAUCAUUUCUGCCUACGAGGUGGUUUGAUUCAGGGGAUUUAACCCCACCAGCACUUAUUCUGUGCUAGAUUUCUCCUACAGGAGACGGACUAGACUAGCUGCCAAGGCCUUAGAAAAUGCUGAAAUAUUUGAGUUUUUGUCUUGUGUUUUCAUGAACUAACUAGUUUUAGUGUUUAUACAAUCUGACACAGGUGUUUGAAAAGCCAAGACGCUUACAACUCAUGCUGACACAAAUAUUACUAUUGAUCAUAACUCAGCAUAAUGUUACAGGAUUAAAACAUGAAAAAAGAAAUUACUAAAUUUCCUUAAGUCUGUUGGAUAUAAAGAAAUGUUUUUUGGCUUAUAGUUUAUGAUGCCUUACUUUUCUAAAAAUGUUACUGGGAAGAUAUUUAUUUUUGUAAUUUUGUAAGGAGUUACUUUUAUGUAUUUCCUGAAGAAAUCGUCAACUUGGUUUGUUUAUUACAAACAGUAAUAAUUUUUAUAGCUUUACUUGCCAGGUAAUACCGCAACCAAACUCUGUUUUGUUGGGUCAUUAUUACAGCCUGGGUUCCUAUCACAAAGUGUCAAUUAAGAAUUGCUUUUUAUCAUUUUAAAAGCAAAAACACCAGAUCUGUGGGAAUAUUUCAGUGUAAUAAAUACAACUUUGACCUACAUGAAAAUA